AUGGGAUUCUUCAGAGAUAGAUUUAAGGAGAAAUACGGGGAAAGACCAUCGUUGUGCUGUGAAGGUUUUAAAACUCUCUCUGGUGCCGAUAAGGAGUUUCUGGUUGAGCCGUCCUCGUUAUCGGAAAUCAAGGAGGCAGUCAAUGAUUGUGGGAGUGAUAAAGCUCCUGGGCCAGACGGGAUAAACUUAAAAUUCAUAAAAACACUUCUAGGAGCUAUUCGAGGUUCGUCGUUUAUUACGUUGGUCCCUAAAAGGAAUGACCCGGUGGAGCUGAAAAAUUACAGACCAAUUAAUCUUAUCGGAAUUAUUAGUAAAAUGGUUUCCAAAGUUCUGGCUAACAGGUUGAAAAAGGUGAUAGGAACGGUGAUUUCCGAGUCUCAGACAGCCUUCGUUAAAGAUUUAAGAAAAAAGGUGUUCUUUUUUAAAAUUGAUUUCGAGAAGGCGUUUGACAACGUUAAUUGGAAUUUCCUCAUCUCCAUAAUGGUUCAAAUGGGGUUCCCUUCGAGGUGGUGCAAUUGGAUUAAAGGGGUCCUUGAGUUAGCCAGCUCGUCCGGUCUGGUUAAUGGGCCCCCUACUUUUGAGUUCCAAUGCUCAAAAGGAUUAAGGCAAGGAGACCGUAUCUCGCCAUUUCUCUUCAUAUUGGUCAUGGAGGCUUUCUCAUGUAUGAUCGAAAAGGCUCGGAGGGAAGGAGCUAUUUCGGGAAUAGAUUCGGCUGCCCUCAAGGAUAUGGCUGCUACGGUGGGGUGUCAAGCUGGUAGCUUCCCAUUCAAGUACCUUGGGUUGUUAGUUGGUGCUAAUAUGAACCGGAUAGUAAACUGGAAGCCAGUCAUCAAUAUUUUUUAUUGUAGGUUGGCUAAAUGGAAAACUUCGUUACUCUCAAUCGGGGGUGGAAUUACCCUUAUCAAAUCAGUCCUCGAAUGCCUUCCCAACUAUUAUUUCUCGUUAUAUAAGGCCCCGAACCAAGUGAUAAAAAUUCUUGAGGCUAAAAUAAGAGGUUUCCUAUGGGGUGGUGAUAACACGAUGAAGAAACUUCUUUGGGUCGCGUGGGACCGAGUUACGCGUCCUAAAAACUGUGGUGGGCUUAGGCUUAGCAAGUUGAAAAGUAUUAAUACUUCGAUGUUGGCUAAGUGGGGAUGGAUGUUCUUGGAGGACAAAAGGAGGUUGUGGGUUGAAGUGAUCGAAUCCAUCCAUAUCACAAGGAAUAGCUGGGAUUUCCUCCUGGUUAGAAAGAUGGUUAGUGGCGUUUGGUGCAACAUCGUUCAGGUCUUAACAAAAACAACAGUUGACGGUGUUCCUCUUAGAAAUUAA